CCCAGGCGAACAACACCUUCGCGGACUUGACCGAUCGGAUCCGGCACUCGUUCGAAACGGAAAAAAAAUCGUCGCGGCCGGCCCGUGCCAGCGAGGAACUAGGGUCAGAUCCGCGGCAUGACGACGACGGCACCGGUAGCACGCGCUGCGGCUUUUUACUGGCGUCGUGCAGCGCCGUGACGUGCCGUGAACACGUCACUUACUCGCAGAGGAGACAAAUACAGUAAACAGAAACGACGACUUCAACGAAAGAAAAAUGGGGUAGCUGGAAGUCGAGUGGUAGUCUGUCGACGAUAAGGACAUUCCAGGGCCAACAUCCGAUCGUUGCUCUCGAUUGGCGGCUAUUUAAACGCAGUCCUUCAGCCUCGGCCGCUCAGCCAAGGAUUCGUUUGCAGUUCGAUGCGGAAUCUGAUCGGCAUCGGGUGAAAAUCAUGCGAUUUUCGACUCGUACGAACCACAGUCACCCGACGAUCGUCACAGUCAGUCAGUGCGUCGCGCGAUGAGUUCCUCUCAGUACUUGUUGCUGUUUGUCUUUGGAUCAUUCUGCAUGUACGGUUUGUGGAGGACGAGCUCGCUCUCCUGGGAGACGUCAACCGUGCACGCGAAAGCGUCGAUACAGUUCGACCUGUCUAUCCCAGCAUCGUCUCCUUCUGUGGUCCAUCGGUUCUACAAUAGGACGAGCCGAAGACCCAGCGACAGGAUCCAUAGAAGGUAUCGGGGCGCGGUGUCCAAGUACAUGCUAGAACUUUAUCAUCGAAGGUCGGACGUGGACAUAGUCAGAGCUCUGCAGCCAGUACACGUGACAGGCCCAAUGAGUGAUGGAGCGAGGAUUCUGAUGUUUUCGGUGCCACUGGUUGGUCCUGAAGAAACCUUAGACAUCGCCGAAUUGCUGAGCACCGCUGGCACGAUCCUGCGAGUGCGUCUGGACCAGGCGAACGCGUCGGAGAGCUGCAAGUCGCGACACGAGGACAGCUGGAGGGCAUUCGACGUGACAUCCGCCGUAGCUGUCAGAGACGGUAGCACGGUCAGACUUCGCGUCAACGGCAAAGUCGGCUACCAGCCCUGCGGAGACGGGCCGAUCUUGCUGCUGAGCUACAGCAAGAUCAAGAAGAAGAGGCCGCGCCGGUCCGUCCAGGAUGAGGAGCAGGAAGAGGAAGAGGGUCCUCGAAGACGGCGCAGGAACUCCUGCAGACGUCGUUCAUUGUACGUGGACUUCGCGCUGAUCGCGUACGACGAGUGGGUCGUUGCUCCGCCGGGCUACGAAGCGUAUCAAUGCGCCGGUAAGUGUUUCUAUCCGUUCGGGGACCACCUGAACCCUACGAAGCAUGCGAUCGUGCAGGCCCUGGUACACGGAGCUCUCCAAGCUGCCGAAGGUGCUAACAAGCCUGUCGGCAGGGCCUGCUGCGUGCCCACCAGACUGGCACCCACCAGUCUCCUUUACCUAGAUGCUAGUGGAACGUUGACUUAUCAGUACGGGUACGAGGACAUGGUUGUCGCCGAGUGCGGUUGCCGGUAAACUAGGGACUGAAAUCUGUUGUAAUAUGCUGCACCAAAUACAGUGGUCUCUCGAUAACUGUCCCAUCUUCGGGUCUGCCGAGAGACAGUUGUCCUAGAAGUACAGUAUUCUCGCGAUAAAUGGGUACACUGUGUUAGCCCUUUGCACUCGAAGCCAUUUUAAUUCUAAAUUCAAAAUGAUUUUUCCAACUUACAAUGUUUCAGUCUCACGCGACUUAGUGCAUUUUGUGCAUAUGAAAACGAACCUCGUGGCUCAUACAAUAGAUAUAGUUUCAACGGUUUGUUUUAGAUACGAAUAAAUUUGAAGAUGUCAAAAUUAUUUUUGAACGUGAUGUAACAAUUUUUAGCGGUGCCUUGGAGUCGCCAUCCGAGAACAAAGGGUUAGUAUAGUGUAACAAGGAGAGUGCAAGAUAUUGGGGACACCAAUUUUGUUGAGACUUUGUACAUUUAUAUAUUGCGUUCUUCUGAUUGCGAAUCUAGUAUACUAUUAUGUAGGAAGUCCCAUAAUUAUGUUAAUAGCAGGAAAGGGGCGAUUCCUGAGGUCAUUUUAAGUAACUUUUUCCUU